AUGUCACCAUCCUCAUUGACCGCUGCCAACCUUUACGACAAUCAAUGCACCAGCCUCUUUGGCGAUCCUGUCCCACCAUCACCGGAAAUAUGUUUCGAGGAAUUAGAUAAGGACUUGUACAGGACUCUUCGUGGUAGAUCCGACUCCAUGCAGAGCAAUAGCAUAGUCGAUGAUUUUCCCAAGGCUAAUUCGUUUGCAACGCCUGGCGACAAGGGUAGUGGACUUAGUAACAGCCAAAGGAUAUCGUCUAGUAGACUUAGCAGACGUGAAAGCGAUGAUCAGCCUACGAUAAGGAUAUUCACACCAACGAUUAAUCGGCUAGCUAGCAUUAGUCCAACGGAAGACCUUAAGUAUUCAGUUGGUACAACGGUUCCAGUAGGUAGAUAUUUACCACAAAACUCUGCUUCCAAUCGACCUCAAUUGGUGGUUAGUCCUCCUAGUCAGGACUAUGAUCCCGCUGAUCUGUGGAAUGAUAAUGUGGCUAACAAGAAUCGAAGGAGAUCUUCAGAACUCUCCGAAGUUCUAAGUGCCAAUCUAGGAACUAUCCGGAGUCAACAGAAGCCAGAGAAUGAUACAAAACGGAUCUUUUCCAAGGAACCAAUGCGAUUCCGUAGGCAAGGGUCAAAUGAAUCAUUUUCUAGUGGGGAGUGGUUUAAACCAAGUAACGACUACCAAGAGUGGGCGAAAAUACCAAGACUGAGACCGAGUUCAAAGAACGUCAUGUCAAUAAACCAGGAGUCAGGAAAUCAUCGUGAAUCACCUCUAGCGUCUCUAAUACAAGGUUCCACCACGUCAACGAGUAGUGAUGAAAAAGCAAGUCCGGAAACAGUGAAGAUGAAUACUAUUCCUAACGAUACCCCCUUAGUAAUUAUAUCUCGCGAUGUAGAUGAAUACGGGGAAAUGGAGGAAUCCCCACCAAAGGAACUUCCGCCCCCUGAGGCAGCCACAAUUCCUAAGGAACUACCGUUGCCUAUUAUGACCAACGCUGUAACCACCGGUUCGAAUUUUAGAGCGAACCCUCCAAGGCCACAAAAGAAACCAUCCUUUACAAUCAUAGCCGAGCGAUCACCACAGUCAUCACGACCUACUAGUCCUAGCCCUCUGAACAGUGGGCGCGUUUCACCUUUCCUUGGAUAUGGCUUCAAGGAAUCACCACGUCCAACUUCCAGACGGAAGUCAUCACAAUCAUCGAAAAUUCAACUCCCGAAUAUCACCGAUCCGAACAACAAUUUGAAUACCUCAGAUGAUUCGGUCCGACCCUUAGUACAGUUCAAUAUGUCUUCCUUAUCUGGACCGUCUGCACAAGACCCUUCAACAAAAGGUUCCCUUCUACAAAGGCCUAAAGUUCCCACAAGAACGAAAAAGAAACAAAAACUAAAGCAAACUGAAAAACCGAAGGGCCUCCCGAAAGUUCAUAGUUUUGAAUCGCUUCCAAAAAUUACGAAAACCUCUGCCCCGAAGCUUCCAUCGCGACGUUUGAGUAAGACCUCAAUUGAAUUGAGUUCCGGAGUGAAAAACAGUCUUCCUCUGCCAAGUCACAAUCCUACCAGUAAACAAAAAGGAGUGCUCAGGGUAUUUAGUGCUGACAGUUCCCCAUCGGAGAAUCCAGAUACCGAGGCUGCAAAUGGAAGAAAAGCGUCGCUAAAACGAAGGAAUUCACUUUCUCCAGUACGCAAAGACCAAAGAAGAGAUUCUGUUUCAAGUGAAAGGCGUAGUUCAAGCCUAACAAUGCCCAGAAGUUCUAUUACUUCAGAUCGCCGAAGUUCCAAUCUUAGUACCGUUACGACUUCUGACUUCAGUUUCCGACGGAACUCAAUAUCGCCACCAAGAAACACUAUUGAUCCAAGUAUGUUGAGUGCGCGAAGUGUCAAGUCUUCUCCCAGAUCGCCUCGAAGAGUAGCCAAACCCACCAGUCUUUCGCCCAUAAUUGGUACCCCAAACAAAGAUACUCAACUUAGUACGGAAGAGCAACUUCCCACUGGUUCCAACAGUCGAAGAAGCUCUCAGUCCAGAAUACCUCUUGUUGAAGGUUCAAAUACUCCUUCCCGUUCGAAUUCACGAGUAGCAUCAAGAAAUAAUUCACGAGUCCCAUCAGCGGUCAAUUCCCGAGCAGCUUCUCCUAGUAAAGACUUCUUACCCAUAUCGCGACCUAAUUCACGGGUAACUUCUAGACCCACAUCACGAUCCAGUUCCCGGGGCGACACGAGAAUUCCAUCCAGGAUUCCAUCGAGAUCUAAUUCUCGGAGCAGCGUUUAUGAAAGGGUCGAUCCAAUUACGAAAAAAGCAGCAAGUUUAAGUCCACCAAAAAGUCGAAGAGUAAGCCCUAUUCCGAAAAAAAGCCGAAGUGAAAGUCCUAAGAAGUCACCCAGGCGUUCGGCGAGUCCGCGUAAAUCACCAUCGCCACCACGAACUCGAAGUGUUAGCCGUACUGAACGACGCUCCGCUUCUAUGAGUAGAUCCCCAAUGCUUAUGAAAUCACCUACCCCAGCGCAAGAAGAAAAAAUCCAACAACCCACACCACAGACGUCGCGAAUACCUUCCAGGAAGGAUCCUGGAGUAAGUGCCAAAAAAGUGUCUAAUAAUUUGAAAAAACCUGAAAUAACAGUGAAGCGGUCAUCGUCAGUUGGAAGGACAAGUACUGUUAAGAAGGGAAAAGAAACUAGUUCUGUGGGGAAACCCUCGGGAAGUGAAGCCUCUAGCCUGAAGCCUUCUUCAAGCUUUAGAGGUGGAGUUUCAUCAGUGAAAAGAGAGACCUCCAAUCUUCGGAGAGAAACUUCGAAUGUUCGAAAAGAGAAAGAAAAGGAGAAAGAGAAGGUAAAGACAAACCUACGAAAAGGACCGUCUAAUUUAAAAAAGGAAUCAUCAGACCAGAAAAAGGCAAGCAGUACCGUGAAACCUGUUAAAAAGGAUGGAACGACUUCGAAGGGAAUGGCUUCAAAUCUUCCAAAGGCAGCAUUGAAAAAUAUCAAACGUGAAACCUCUAAUGUAAAACGCGAAACUUCUACUGUAAAACGGGAAGCCGGGAAGGAUCGAAUUUAA